UAUACUCCUCCUUUUCUGCCCUCCAUCGCUCCAUUCUUUUCCUCUCCUCUCAUUGUCUGUCCCUCUCCAUCUAUCCCCUCUAUUGCCUCAUUCAUUAUUCCCUGACAUUCCCCAUUCCCUGACAUUCCCUUCUCCCUGCAGUUACCUCUCCUGUCACUUCCCUCCUUUUCCUCCUAUUAUCUCCUAUUCUCCCGAUUGAUAUCGCUCCUGUCUGUAUUUCCCUCUCUCCCCUCACUCCAUCCUUCAGCAUCCUUCUCUAUUCCCUGUACAUUCCCUUUGCUCCCUCCUUAUCCUUGUAGGCUGUGUUCAGGGAGGGAAAGGACAUGUCUGCCAGCUGUCUCUCCUCCCUAUGAUCUGACACCCCGAAGCGUGAUAGGGAGAGAGAGAAUAUCUGCACGAUGCCAGCAGGUUAUGUCGGAGUGCCACACAUGGCAGCACAUGAGACUGAGAUUAAGAGCAGCACCUCGAUCAUCCCAUGUUUCCUGUUCGUGGAGCUUGUUCUUAUGGCCGGCACGGUGAUCCUCUCCUACCACUUUGAGUACACAGACACGUUCCCCAUCCACUCCCAGGGAUUCUUCUGCUACGAUAGCACCUUGUCCAAGCCUUAUCCGGGCCCUGAGAGCGCCAGCCGGGCCCCACCGCGACUUCUGUACCCGCUGAUCACUGUGCUGCCUGUCCUUACGGUACUGCUGGGAGAGGUGACUACAGUCCUGAUCAAUCCGCGCUGGAGCAGCAGAGAGAGGAUCAUUUCCUGUGGAGACUGCUGUUUCUUCAACCCUCUGCUGCGCCGUGUAGUCAGGAUCCUGGGACUAUUCUCAUUUGGUCUCUUUUGCACGGUCAUCUUUGCCGGAGCAGUUCAGACAGUCACUGGGAAUCAGACCCCUCAUUUCCUGUCCGUGUGUCGCCCUAACUACACUGUUCUGGGCUGUGUGUCCCAUACUCAGUAUAUAUCCUCAUAUGCCUGCACUGGGGACCCUGAUCUCAUCAACGAGGCCCGAAAAGCAUUCCCCUCCAAAGCUGCAGCCCUGGGCUGGUACUCUGCUGUGUAUACAACGAUGUACGUCACCCUCGUUCUGAAAGUAAAAGGUUCCCGGCUGGUGAAGCCCUCCCUGUGCCUGGCGCUUCUGUCCCCCUCAUGGCUCCUCUGUCUGCUACGUGUGGCUGAAUACCGGAACCACUGGAGAGACGUUCUUGCCGGCACUAUUACUGGAUCGGCCAUUGCCAUUUUCCUGGUGACCUGUGUGCUGAAUAAUUUUGGGAGCUCAGCACCAGAAGAGGGAGACUUCCACCAAAAAGAGAUGGAAGGAGUCCCUGUGUCUGAGAACCCUCUUCCGCCAGCAUGUGAUAAGAUCCCGGGAAUGCACCCCCAGAUGUCACCUGACCCUCCUCCAUGCCUCAUUCCUGUCACCCCAGAUGUUCUGAUACCCUCCAACUGUAUGACCAGCCAAGUAUGAGACCCCGGCAGAGAUCUGGGCCCGGAUGGUGCUGAGGUUCAUAGCUGGUGGACCCUGGCUGGUACAUGGCAGCAGGAACGUCCAACAUGCAUGUCAGAGAAUGAACUGCACCCUGUAUCUCCACUCUGACACCUGUAAUAUAACACACAAUGUUUUGUAGAUUUUCAAACCGAGUUUCAGAUUUCUCAAAUCAAAAUGAGCCCCCAAUCUUAAGUACGUCACUUGCCAUGUGCCAUUGCAGUAUUAAAGGAAACAUACCCUACUUUUUUUUAUAAAAGAAUGUUGCUUAAAUCAUUUAGGCUCACAGCACGAUGCAAAGGAAUCACAAAGUCUACGACAUUUGCACAUUUGCAUAGAACCCAUAAAAAUCGUGGCAUAACAAAUCUCCCAGCACUAGGAAGAUUUUAUAUCGCCCACUCUGGUGGAAUGUCCAGGAGACUCCUGAAUUUGGAGGGAGAAUAGGUGAUUGUCCAGGAGAGUGCUUCCCUGCUGCAAAGUAGGUGGAGACAUGGAGAAAAUCACAAGUGAGCUCCACCCUCCUCCUUUCUUAUGGCGCCCAUACAUCAGCAAUCCAUUGGGGCAAUUCUGUCUUUUGCAGAUGAUUGUGUAAAAUAAAUCAACAAUGUAUGAGAUUCAUCAAUCUCCAAUUCCACAGAAAAAGUGAUCAGAAUCAGCGAAUCACCGACCAGUCGGGACUGUAGAUUGUACUGUAACAAUCAGCCGAUUUGCAGACCAUUACUAGUAUUUUACUAGUAAAAAGGGCAUCUUCAUGAUUUGCAGAUCUGCUCUAUGGAGCUCAUAUUUACAAUAGUUACUACCUAUGCCAGUGGUUCUCAAACUGUUUGCCGUGGUACCUUGGAGUGCCUCGGGACACUUGCAGGGGUGCCCUGGGUUGGUGGUCCAGGACCAACUCAAAAUAUUUAUGGUCAAUAUAAUAGGCAAAACCAGCGCUGGUGGCUGCCAGUCAUAAAAUACUUGGACAAGCAGAAGCAAAUCUUGUUCCUCACCACACAAUUGAACCUAAGGAUGACAUACAAACACAAUUUACAAUCUCUCAAUAAGAAACUUUUGGCCUAGGGGUGCCGUGAAAAGAAUUCUGAUACUCUAGGGUGCCGUAACUCAAAAAGUUUGAGAACCACUGACCUAUGCGCAUCACUGUAUCACUUAUAGGAAGGGGAGGAAGGGGUGCAGGUGAAAGGGUGUAAAACCUAUCCACAAUUAAUGUAUGAAGCCUUAAGGAGUGGUCCCAGGCUCAUGUGUCUGAUUGCACCAAUGGCUAUUACUGUUUGGAAGGAAAGAGUGUAAAGGGGGGUACACAUGGAGAGAUCCGUGUUUAAAAUCUAAGCAAUCUGACUUGAUUGCUUAGAUUUUAAGCACGGAUCUGCCGUGUGCAUGCCCGCCAGCGAUAGCAAUGCGCGGCCCCACACAUCGCUAUCGCCGGUGCAGGCUCAAUCUAGUGGGUCGCUCACUUCAGCGCUGUGUGAAGUGAGCGCCCCCCCCCCCCCGCCCCCCUCGCUCAGCACACAAUACGCUGUUAAGUCCUUGAUUACUAGCUGUAGACAGAACGGUGCCAUGUUUUCACUAAUGCUUCUCCGUCCAUGUAUCUACCUUUAUUCUGUCCUGUGAUACAGACUCUUUCUAUCAGCUGAGAUGAAUAUAAGUGGAGCAAGGAUUCUUUUGGACAAUUUUGGGCGGUUUAGUAAAAAAGAUGGGAAGCAGUGGCAGAUGCAGAGAUGAAAUUGCAGUGCCAUCCAGAAUUCAAGUAGGGGAGCCACACCAACUGCCAGUGAGUCCCGGCUGGUGAUGUUCGGCACUGCAUUGGGUGGCAGUUGGUGUGUCGCCUCUAUUUGGAUUUUGGACCCCACCUCUGGAGUACCAGCCAAUCAGCUCCUAACUGCAAUGUUGCAGGCUGGGUUUGAAAAAUGACAGUUAGAAGCUGAUUGGCUGGUACUUUGGGGUCUAUUUACUAAGCCUUGGAUGGAGAUAAAGUGCCAGCCAAUUGGCUCCUAACUGCUAUGCCACGGACUGUGUUUGAAAAAUGACUGUUAGGAGCUGAUUGGCUGGUGCUUUAUCUCCAGUGACUUUAUCUCCGUCCAAGGCUUGGUAAAUAGACCCCUAAAUCUCUCCACCCACUUUAUCUACAUCCAAGGCUUAGUAAAUAGACCCCAAUUAUCCCACUUUAUCUCCAUCAAGGCUUAGUAAAUAGACCCCAAAUUAUCCCACUUUAUCUCCAUCCAAGGCUUAGUAAAUAGACCCCAAUUAUCCCACUUUAUCUCCAUCAAGGCUUAGUAAAUAGGCCCCCUCCUCACACACAGUCAUGUUAACUGUACGCGUUUUACAACCAUCCUAACACCUGAAAAACGCGUGUUUGAAAAAUACUGCCCAGUUUCCCUAUAUGUAUUGGCGUUUUUACUAGUGUUUGGAUGCAUUGAAGUGGUAAGCACUUAUUCCCAUCCACUCGCAGUUGCUGCUGGUAGUGGCUGUGAUGAAGGCUAAGCGCACAGUAUUGCGGAAUAUGAUUGCCGGUUCCUAGGACUGUAACAUGGAUGUGACAUGGAUGCAGGAAGGACAAUGAGGAGCGCUCACAAAUAAACAUUUCAGCUCUGCAGAUUGAGUCUGUCUAACUGUUCCGUAGACAUAGAAUCUGCAUCAUACUUGCCUACCCUCCCGGAAUGGGCGGGAGGCUCCCGAAAUUCGGGUGACCCUCCCAGCCCCCCGGAAGAGCAGGCAAGUCUCCCGAUAUCAGGGGUCACCCCCUGCCCGGCCGCCUACUUAACGAGGAAAGUGGGCGGUCCAGGCAGGCCAUGACGCGAUUCUUGUUGAAUCGCGUCAUCAUAGCCACGCCCCCUGCCGUAUAAUGCCGGUAAUAGCAGCAUUACACAGCAGGGGGCGUGGCUUACAUGACGCGUCCAUCAGCCACGCCCCCGUUCUGCCUCUGGCCCGCCCCCCUCAGCACGUCACUCUCCCGGAGAGGGCAGCCCAAAAGUCAGCAAGUAUGAUCUGCAUACAUCAUAGUCAGUUAUCCGGAUCGUUCCUCAUUCUCUCACUCAGGAGAACUGAUUACUGUGCUGCCAUCAGUUCUCUGUCCAGAGGAAUCGCAGCUGAGACGCACAUCUUCAUACUGUAGGCUAGAAUUCCCCUUUCAGGUAUAUUAUUAGUGAUCCUUACGCCAGGCCAUUUUGGGACCUGUAUGAGCGCCGCUGUUGUAGUUGUUCCGUCCUCUUAGUCCUCUGCUUCGUAUUAUUUAUACAUUUUUAUGUGAGUGUUACACAAUGAUGGCUUCUAUUAAAAUUGAUACUGUCUUGUAA